AUGACGUCGGGAAGCGCGCGGGGUGGGACGAGGGGUCGGCGCGCGCGGGUGCGGGUGCGUGCGGGGACGGGGGCGGGGGGGGGGAGAGACGCGAACGCGAGCGGGGGACGGGGGACGUGCGCGGUGUGCCUGGACGCGUACGUGCUGCCGACGACGACGAGGUGUGGGCACGUGUUUUGUGCGCGGUGUUUGCAGGCGGCGCUACGGCACAGCUCGCAGUGUCCGACGUGUCGGAAAAAGGUGACAAAGUCGUCGUGCGUGCGGGUCUUUCUGUGA